CUGUCCACCAGUGCGGAGCGGGGUACCAGAGCGGUGUGCGAGUCAAACAUCAUCCAAUGAGCGCAAAUUACAUGAGCGAAGUUUUUAUGCAGUCUCAUUGGUCAAUUUCCGCUCCGCUCCCUCUCUCCGCACUGGUGCACAGGCAGCCUUAGACUCCGCAGAAUGUUAUUUUGUGAAUACUCAAAUCUCUCCUACUGCGUAAGCCAUUCCGGUUUAACCCGCGCACAUUUCAAAUUCCAGUGAAAAUCAUAACCUCCAGAAAGGGAAAGGCGCUACUACUGUACAAGAGUUACACUUACAACAUGCACAAGGAGAACAGAGACGGCUCUACCCUGUGGUACUGCUCGCGGCGGCAGGCGGGGGGGUGCCGAGCGCACGUGAAGCUGCACCAAGACCAGCAUGGGGUGCUGGACGCGCAGGGAGACCACGACCACGAGCCGCCGCAGUACUACCGCACCAGGGACGGACAGUUUGUCAGUGAAAAUCAUAACCUCCAGAAAGGGAAAGGCGCUACUACUGUACAUGAAUUACACUUACAAUAUGCAUAAAGAGAACCGAGACGGCACUACCCUGUGGUACUGUUCGCGGCGGAAGACGGGGGGGUGCCGGGCGCACGUGAAGAUGCACCAGGAGCAGCAUGGGGUGCUGGACGUGCAGGGAGACCACGACCACGAGCCGCCGCAGUACUACUGCACUAGGGACGGACAGUUUGUCAGGUACUAGUACCGCACUAGGGACGGACAGUUUGUCAGGUUCUAGGAGCUAGGUUGGAGAUGCUGGGGUAAUGGCUCGGUACUGGACUGGUGAAUUCCUUACGCGGCUUAUGGGCCCAUGAGACAUCUCGAUUAUUAGUUAAGAAGUAUUUACUACAUAUAAAUACCUCCGAGUUGAUGUUAUCUUAUAUCUGUAUUAACAGCAUGGAACCUAUAAUUUUAUUGUCUAUUACCUGUGAACACGAAUAAAGAUUGUGAGUUUUGAGUA